AGAGAUGUUGCAAAAUUAUUUCUUGAAGGAGAAAGGGGAGAUCUGUGCAUGUGUUAAGGUUUGGGAUGGCUUCAGAGAUUGAACUCCGGCUAGCAUGUACCUGACGAAGUGAACUCUUUUUACUAAAGGUUCAGUGUAGGAAACAGUGGAUUAGUAUUUUCAAAGUACAGCGAAAGCAUGAGAAGUAAUGGAGAAAGUGGGCAGAAAGAGAAUUUGUACGUGCAUAAUAUUGAAGCACGUGUGCUUUGCCUGGAGAGAGCAGGGGCUGGAGCUGAUCAGCAAGGUGAUGAGUGGAGUGGGUUUUGAAGAUGUGUCUGCCGGAACGUCUCAAGUGGAGCAGCUCAAGAAACGCAAACACUCAUUUGAUUUUGAUUCUCCAAACGAACACUACGUAAAAUUGAAGUAUCGGUGA